GCGGGGUGGUUAGUCCGCUUUCGACCGCGCUCGCGGUAGCGUCGGUUCUCGUGAUAUGUUGUAAGGCGAACGAAUCAACUUGUGGAAAUAUUUUUUCUUGUGCGUUUACGUUGUCGAUAUCGUAGUUUUUGUUCCGUUUGAGUUUGUAUCGUUGUACCGCUGCAAUCGGCAGAGGAAGGAUUGUAUUUUUGUGGCGAAAAUACGAAAAACUUUGUCACACAAAAUUACCAUGUUCGACGUGCUUCCAAACUUACACAUUGAAUAAAGUUUGAUAUUAUCAGCUGAAAACUUUAUUAUGUCGAUAUCGCUUGGAUUUAUGUGCCGGUUAUGAUAACAGAGGAACGUUUCUAGAACGCCGCGGUAAAACAUAGGGAUACCAAAGAAGAUGUGUGCCAAAAUGUUAUUAUAUAAUUUUUCCUUGUUUUCCGCGAUCGUUACCUGGAUUGGAGUGUUUGCCGAGGAGGAAGUGUCAUCUCCAUUGAGAGUGGCCCAAUGUAGAGCAACAUGCUUACAAAAGUUCGCGGCACCUCGGCCUGGCGGGGAGUCAUCGUGUUUGCAGGGCCCCGACUGUUUUAUGUGUUGGGAAAACUGUGAACUUCUCCAGUCUAAUUACCAAAUAUGGGGUGCAGUGUGCGAUGAAAAGGACAUUUGUUUCCCUGGCUGCAAAGUGGCUUGUGAGUUUCACACGGAAGCGGCACGAGCAUCUCAGACCCAACCGGUUAUUCACACAAAAGGCGAAGGAGUUAUGAGGGUCAGUGGGGCUCUCGCUCGCUGGCCACCGCCGGCGUCUCGCCCCGCGCCUCUAGUCUACGUCGUGAUGAGGCGAGCAGCCGACGGCCCUUGGCGACAGAUCAUACAAACACAAGCGUUAGCUACCAGAGUACCUUCCAACAAUGAAGGCGCUCUUCUCAGAGUGCUAGUCGUCGACCCACAAGGACUUGUCACGAUCUACAGUCCAGACGAAACGUGGGUCGCACAUGAUACGAACACUUCCAAUCACGACGAACACAGAUGGAUACUGAAAGAAAUAUCACUCAUCCAUCAGAAAGUUUUAGUCAUAGGAGAAAUUGCUUGGGAACCAAGAAUAACACGCGGCGUGUAUCUCGUUACGUGGGAGGUUGAUGGUGGUGGUCUCAAGGGAAAUCUGUUUACCGACUCUACUAGAGUAACACUGUCUCUAUGGCCAGACACGAUAUAUCAUAUCCAAGUGGAAUUAGUUUCAAGAACUCCAGGAGUAGAUAAUGAGAAGUCUGAAACUAUGACCAUAGACACGAGCCGCGCUCAACGUGUAUCAACUGAAAGCGUUCAGGAUGUGGAAGUGAGUGAAGGAGAUCGGCUUAUGUCCGUUUUGGUUAGUUCAAUGAGAGGCGAGAGAGUGUCUGAGCGUGCUCCAGAUUCAGAACUAGUAUUAGGUUGCCUGUCAGCUAUGAUUGCAUUUGGAUUAGCAGUUCUUGCUGCCAUCGUGUGGAGGCGGAGACGACGAGGUACCUUUCCAGGGACCAACGUCUACGUUGGAUCUUCCUCUGUAUUAAAACGGAAGUUAGUUGAAGACUUCGUUCCUGCACCACACUGUUUUCAACCUGUACUCGCUCCAGGAACACCCAGCAAUGGGACAGCUUCGCGGGAUGUCGUUGUGUGACGUCAUAGUUUUGACAUGCUGUCGUUUGAAGACCGCGUUUUCAGUUCCUAAAAAUGUUGGACGAAAUUUUCGCAUAUGCGAUCGCUUACAGAGAAGUGUAGUGAACAAAUGGAUUUAAGAAUGUGAUACAGUUAUCUAAGUUGAGCCAGUGAUUGGGGAGCUUGGCGUUAGGUGUCUUUAAGAGCAAUUAUUAUAUUUCGUGAUUUAUGUUAUAUCUAAUGAACUCUCGAAGUCAUGGUAUAUUAGCAGAAAUAAAUUACCUAUAUUAUGAUUUUUGGUAUGUAGAUUUAGGCAAAUUGUAAAUUGAAAAAAUGUACUUAUAAGUGUAUUUAUGACUCACAGUAAGAUCAACACCAGAUAACUUAGCAUUGUAAAUAUUAUGUCGACAUGGUAAACCAUAAUUUUCUAAAUAUAGAUUGUUUUAAAUGUACUGUAAAUAUUAUAUUAUAUAUUAUGUGUCUUAAGAAACGAUUUCUAUCAAUUUACGAUAAGAUAUACUAUCCCUUUCAAGUAAAAUUCCCCGUAACUUAGUUUUUUUCACAAGAAUAAUAUAGAAGUGUUUCAUAGAAACCAAUCAAGACAAGUUGCCACUUUUCUUUCUUUCCUACAGUUGUGACAUGGUUCUGUAGACUUGAAAAUUAAUAAAAAUAUUUUUACAGCUAGUCCUUUAACGCUAACUUGUGACCAAGUGAAGAGAAUAGACAAAAUUGUCAUCCAAUGGCGGCAGAGUCCCAAUUCUAAGUCUUUCAUACUAACGCAAUGAAAGGGACAACGUUACUUAUUUAAGGUUGCAUAGCCAUUGAAUUUUGUCUAUUUCUCUCCACGUGAUUCUAUUAUUGGUCUCAUUAUCAUUGUUUAGUAGCUAAUAGGUACAUUAUAUUUUAAUCUAACGGCGAACCUUACUUAUUCUAGGAACUAACGUUUUCUUCAGCAAUAAAAAGUACGUGUAUGUAUUUGUAAAUAUUUAAACCAUUUAUUGUAAAAAAAACUGACAGAGAAGUUAUAUUUUUCUUGAUCGUAAACAUAUACAUAUUUCUAAAUGUUAUGAAGUGGAUAAAAUUGACAGUAUUUUUAUUCAAAAUCUACAUGGUUUCUGUUUUGGAAUUAGGUGUUAGUCAAGCGAACAUUAAAUUGUACUACCUUGUAAUAAUUAUACUGUUAAAUCAUGGUGUAGUCAAAUUUGUUUGGAAGUUGAUGUUUAGCUUUAAACUUGAAAAAAAAAACUUUAGUUUCCCGUAGGGCAUAACAUAAAAAGGCCAAAAAGACUUUGUGCUCUUAACAAAUAUUUUUUUGGUUUUUGAUGACCAAAUUUGAAAAUAGUAUAUAAUGUUAAGUGCUUAGUUAAAUUUAUUUAUUUUUUGUGAUUAAUUUCGUACCUUCACUCGAAUUUGUAAAUAAAUAUUACUUGCUAUAUUGAUGCAGCUAAACUUUAACAAGUAUGAAUAAAUAUGUCUGCCAAAUUAUAA